GUACCCCUAGCAUUUUCGGAUGAAAGUAGCAGUAGGGAUGGAGUUGCUUCAAUUUCGGUCAAAAUGAUGGCAAGGAAUCCAUUACCACCAAUGGCUUUAGGCAUCUGGAAUAUGUUGCCCGCAAUUCACUGCAACCCACAAGCCUCUCUCCCUGCUUCUCAUAUCCUUCUCCUCUGCCUUUCUUCCUCACUCUUGUUACCGAGAGGGGAGGAGGUAGCCGCAGAGGGAAGGUGAAAACGUAGGAGGGAGAGGGAGAGGAAAAAUAUUUGGGUUUUUCUUCCUACUCUCUCUCUGUCUCUUGAUCUCGAUCUUUCAAAAUUUGGGUUUUCGUAAGGUUCCCAAAUGGCAUUCGUGGGAACGACCCAAAAGUGCAAGGCCUGUGACAAGACUGUGUAUCUAGUUGAUCGAUUGGCGGCGGAUAACCGCAUUUACCAUAAGGCUUGCUUCCGAUGCCACCACUGCAGCAGCACCCUCAAGCUAGGAAACUUCAACUCUUUCGAGGGAGUCCUUUACUGCAGGCCUCACUUUGAUCAGCUCUUCAAGAGAACUGGGAGUCUGGACAAGAGUUUUGAAGGAACACCGAAGAUCUUGAAACCAGAAAAGCCCGUUGAUAAUGAGAAUGCUGCAGCCAACAAGGUCUCCAAUGCGUUCGGUGGUACCAGGGACAAGUGUGCGGGGUGUAGCAAGACAGUUUAUCCAAUUGAGAAGGUCUCAGUGAAUGGAACUGCAUACCACAGGAGCUGUUUCAAGUGCACAUAUGGAGGUUGUACCAUAAGCCCAUCCAACUACAUUGCACAUGAGGGAAGACUCUACUGCAAGCACCACCACAUCCAACUGGUCAAGGUGAAAGGCAAUUACAGCCAGCUUGAGGGCGACCUCGAGAAUGAAACCGUGCCUGCUUCCAUGGAAAUUGCUGCUGAAUCUUGAUCGUUGCUUGAACAAAAUUUUCCUCUCCCUCUCUCUGUCUUCUGUGGGGAGAUGGGACUUAUUGAUGCUUCCAUAUAUUUGUGUUCUUGACUUUGUUUUUGGAAGUUUGGAGAACUUGUGUGAUUCUGAAAUAUUUGUGCAGUGUGUGGAUGUUGUAUUUGUUGUUUUUCUUUUACUUUUUUUGGGUAAUUCUUUAUAUUGGCAUUUUAUUUGUUUGAUUGGGCUGUUUCUAGCUAUUCAAAUACAGUGCUGCACAAGUACAGAUUCCAAAUC